UGUUUAACUGAACAACUAUUUCUCGAUAUAAUUUUAGGAUAAUGCCCAAGAAAAAAAAUGUUUCAACCCCAAAAAAAGAAGCUGAUGUUGUCCAAGAAAAGAUAGAGCCAAUAAUUAAUGAAGAUAGAUACGAAUAUACUGAUGAAAUAGACAAUACUUUGUUAGAAGGAUUUGUUUGUUUGCCUGAUCACAGAACUGUGCCUAAUGAACCAAUACCUGGAGUAUUGGUUUGCCACGCUUUUGGAGGUAUUAGAAAUUUGGAAGAAGAAAAAUGUCGAGAACUCGCUAAAGUUGCUGGAUAUAUUGCUUUUGCUGCUGAUUUGUAUGGAAAAGGCAAACGAGGGCAAUCUUUCGAGGAAAAUAUGGCCCUUCUAAAGCCAUUUCGUGAGGAUAGAACAAAUUUAUUAAGACGACGGCUUUUUCUUGGAUUACAAUGUUUAAGAGAUCAGAUGGCUUGUGAUAAAGAAAAAAUUGCGGUAAUUGGAUUUUGUUUUGGUGGUCUUUGUGCAUUAGACUUGGCUAGAGUAAAUGUUGGAGUUAAAAUAGCUGUUAGUUUUCAUGGAACUUUUACGCCCCUUCCUGAUCAACCUGAUCCAGAAAAAGAAAAACCUAUUGAAGCUAGUGUUUUAAUAUGUCAUGGGGAUGCUGACACUCACAUUCCACAUGAACAAUGUAUGAAUGUUAUGGCAGAAAUGCGUGCUAGAAAAGCAGAUUGGCAAUUUAUUAGUUAUGGAAAUGCUAAACAUGGAUUUACUGAUAAAGGUGUUGGUUAUAAUGAACAAGCCGAUAAACGUUCAUGGAUGGCAAUGUUGGCAUUAUUUAAAGAAAAGUUUGGAAAUACUUUAAUUACUUUUUAG